GUAUCUCGGACAGAAGCAAGUCGGCUGUUGGGCAAAAUGUUUUUGCAAAUCAAUAAGGUUGUGCUCCUGAUCGUAUUUAAUAUAUUCUUAAUGGUUACUGGAGAUAACUAUAAGGAUGACACUAUGGAUCGAACUGCAAAAAACGGAAGAGCAAGAGUUGUUUUUACACCAAUACGGGGCAAACGGAUGUUUCCCGAUAACAGAGACACGUUGCUGAGAAUGCUGGAGGCGGCCGACGCGCUCAAAUACUACUACGACCAGCUGCCCUACUACGACCCGCAAGCUGAUGACCAGGAAGCUAAAGUGACCAAGAAGGUAAUAUUCACGCCGAAGCUCGGACGGAGUUCUGACGACGCGUUCGAGAAGCGAGGCUACGAGAAUGAUUUCACGCCGCGACUCGGCAGGCAAGCCGAUGCGGUGACUGCAUCUGACGAAGUUUACAGACAGGACGCAUCGAUAGACGGCAGGUCCAAGUACUUCUCCCCGCGCCUGGGCCGCACUGUGGAGCUGACGCCAAGACUUGGCAGAGCGUAUAACUACGAACUAUACCCCAGCAAAGUCCGUAUAGCCAGAAGCACGAACGGGACCAAAUCGUAGACACACCGAGCGAAUGAAUAUACCUAAUACUAGAUAACAUUGUGAAUACCUGCGUAACAGUUAGCUUUGUAUUGUAAUAUAGUGUUUUGGACGAAGUACUUAAUGUAACAUGUACUUAUUUUAAGGAUGCUAGUCAUUAAAUAAAGGAAUGAUUAAA